CUUCUCGCCAGGACGGUUCCUAUUUCAGUUCGAUAAAUUUAGGCCGCAUCAUCAGCAGCAGGCCUAAUCCCCUCCACCCACGCAUCCAAUGGGUCGCAAACUCGGCCUCUUCCGGGCCAUAUACCUGGUCUCGGCCAGCUGCAUGGGCUCAUUCGCCUUUGCCUUCGACACCGGAGUCAUCAGCGGCGUCCUCACCCUCCCCUCCUUCCAACAUGACUUCCGGUACAGCUCGUCGCAAAAAACGACCGUCAACUCCAACGCCGUCUCCAUCCUGCAAGCCGGCGCCUUCUUCGGCUGCUUCCUCACCACGCCCAUCGCCUCGCACCUCGGCCGCCGGAUGGGCCUAAUCCUCUCCUCACUAGUCUUCAGCAUCGGCACGAUCCUCCAGAUCCUCAACACCCACACCCUGGCCACCUUCUACGCCGGCCGGGUCAUCUCCGGCGUGGGCAUCGGUGCCGCAACGGUGCUCAUCCCCGUCUACGCCGCCGAAAUGUCGCCCACCGACCUCCGCGGCCGGCUGGGCGCCUGCUUCCAGCUCUUCUUCGCCAUCGGCGUCAUGGUCGCUUACUGGGUGACCUUUGCCGUCAGCGCCGACCAACCCUCCUCCACGAAACAAUGGCAGAUCGCCCUCGGCCUGCAACUGCUGCCCUCCUCCCUCCUGCUCUUCGGCAUGUGCACCGUCAAAGAAAGCGCCCGCUGGCUCGCCUCCAAGGGCGAGACCUCCCGCGCCCGAGCCUCCCUCAAAUGGAUCCGCGGCGGCGAGGACUCCCCCGCGCUGGAUCGCGAGUUCGCCGAAAUCCUCGACGGGAUCGCCCACGAAGCCCGUCUCAAGGAGGGCUUCACCUUCCGCGAACUGCUUCUCCCGGCGAACCGCUUCCGCCUGUUCAUCGCGUUCACCAUCCAGCUCGCCGCCCAGCUGACCGGAAACACCUCCCUCGCGUACUACGCCACGCAGAUCUUUGCGGCCGUCGGCGCCGGCAGCUCCAGCAAACUGGUCACCGGGUUCUUCGGCGUCGUGAAAGUCGUCGGCGUCAGCAUAUUCCAGAUCUUCGUCAUGGAUCGCAUCGGCCGCCGCUGGCCGUUCAUGGUUGGCGCCGCGGCAAUGGGCUCCUUCAUGCUCAUCAUCGCCUGCAUCCUCGCUACCCACCCCACCAACCCCCACGCAAACGGCGGGGUUACUGCCUCCGGCAUCGCCAUGAUCAUCAUGACCUAUGCCGAAGCCUUCAGCUUCAAUAUGUCCUGGGGCCCGCUGCCCUGGCUGUACGUCGGGGAGAUCUUCUCCAGCCGCACCCGCGAGAUCGGGGUCACCGUGGGCGCGGCCUCCCAGUGGCUGUUCAACUUCAUGAUGUCCCAGGUCACGCCCCACGCUAUUGAAAAUAUCGGCUGGCGGAUGUUUCUCAUGUUUGCCAUUUUUAAUUAUGCCGUGGUGGGGUAUUCGUAUGUGUUUUUAAAGGAGACAUCAAGAUACUCCCUCGAGGAAAUGCAGGCCGUUUUCGGUGGGGACGGGGUCCCGUCCACAGAUAAAGAUAAAUCCAUCACCACCACCACCACAGCCGAAAAGGGCCACGAGGUAGCCCAUGCGAACGAGAUCGAAGAUAAUCGGGCCGCGAGCACGUCAACCUCGAAAAGGGAAUGAUGAGAAUGGUGUAUGUUCUGCUAGGUUAUAUCUAGUGGUGGUAGUAGUAGCAGUAGUGACGAGCGAUAGCUCAUUAAUAUAAGGCGUCAAUACGGGGAAGAGAAUAUAGUAAUGGUACCCUCUCUUCAGUUGCUCACAUG